UGUGGGGGCGGGGGUGCUGUUGGGCACGGCACGGCCAGUGGCUGAGUCCGUUGGCGGGCAGGGCUGGUGACCCUUUCCCCGGGGCCUGGCCCUGGAGCCACCAUGUUUUUGGCGCUCAAGGAGAGACUCCAGUUGGACUGGGUUGCCUGGCGGCUGCAUGUGUUCUACAAGCGGAAGAAGAACAAGUUCAUCUUCAUCAUCUCCUGGAAUGAGAUUGAGGGCAAGUUUGUCAUAACCUGCUACAACCGGAUGGCCCAGAGGCAGAGGAGCGGCACCAGCGGUCAGGUCUGCUUGGGCCACGACCUGGACACCUGUGGCUGGAAGAUCCUCUCCCAAGAAUUCUUCAUGGAAACCCACGACCGGGAGUAUUAUGAACCCUUAGCGAGCUGCAGCAGAAGGACCAGGAAGCGCAUCCAGGAGGUGCCGAUGCCCUGUGAAUCAGGAGCUGUAUCUCCAGGAACUGAGCGCUACAGAUAUGCUCAUGCAACCUUAUCUGAAAGGUCCAUCCAUGUUGUAGAAUGUGUGUCAGAACUUCAUUCAUUUUCAUCGUUGAAUAACAGUCCAUUGUUCAUCACCAGUUGUGGGUUCUGGCCAGCAGAAGUCCCACCGAGACGGAAUAAAUUACUCAAGACUCUGUGGAAAAGUGAAGAGAGCCAGAGGGAGUUGGGAGCCUCGAGCCUUUCAAAUCUCCCAAAUUUAUUGAGUACAGUCAAAGGAGGAAUGCAGGAAUUUAGGGAAGGACAGGGUGGGAUCACAUCUCACUUCACUGUGCCGGUGGCAGCGCUAGCUUCACUGCAUCUCCACUUGAUUCUGCUUGGAUUUUCCAACAUGGCAAUUUUUAUACUUCUUCAUCAACCAUUCCAUUGACUGCUUCUCUUUCAACUCAUAUGCAUAAAAGACUUCACCCCAGGACCAGAUAACAAAUCAGUUAAUAACAGGAAGGAUAAGCCUUCAGAACUUGCCAAGCAAAAGGAGAGAUUGCACUAAGGUAAAUAUGUAAGAUGAUGUAUAAUUGAACUUUAAGUGAGUGGCUCACAGUAGUGCUCAAAAAGUUCAAAGAGGAAAGGAAGGCAGGUGGAAGUGGUCCUGUUUGUGUGUGUUUGUGUGUGUGAGCAUGCGUGCUGGGAGAGGAAUUGAGUAAUGGAUGAAGACAUCAUGCAAGAUGGCUGAAGUGUCAGUAACAAUCUUUGGAUAUGAGUUGAGAAAGGGAAAUAAAAAGGUGAAUUUGGAAAUGAUGCUUGAGGCCAGAAUGUAAAAGUCCUUGAAGGUCAAAUUAAGAUGUGCUAUCAUAUUUUAUGUCUCGUAUUUCACACCAAUUUAAGUGUUGACCCUCUUAGAAAUGGUGAAUUAGAGAGGAGAUGAAGGGUUCCUUUAAAGAAGAAAUCUAGACAAACCACAGCACACUGAGGCAAUGGUACCCAGCAAUUGCAUUCCACAAGAUUAAGUACAUUAGCAUUUCUACAGAAAAAUAAUAAUUUAUAUCACUGUAUGUUUCCUACUACUUACAGAGUUAGAAAAUAGCUCAGUAACAUUGAAUUUGAAAUAUUCAAAGGGUGAGCUAGACAGACACCAAGUAAUCUUUUGUGUGGUUGAGUGUGUGUUUCAAAAUGUUUCAGUUUUUCCUGACAGUGGCCACUUUUAUUAGGUAUUUACCUAGAAGCAGAUUUGCUGGAAUAGGUUUAUCUGUAUGUUCAGGUUAAAGUGGAUACUGACAGAUAUUUGCUUCUCAGGUGAUUGUAGGAAUUUACAUGCUCAUCAGCAUUGUAGCAUUCUUUAUGUGCUCCUGAAAGUUGGGAAGUUCUGAGCCUCAAUUCAGUUCUACAAAGGGUAAAAUUUUAAGCAAUCUCCUUUGUAGUUCUCAUGCAUACCACAUUUUUAGUUAUUACCAGUGGUAUAAUAAAUAAAAUAUCUGUCCUUUAUUUCUGGUACCAGACACAGAACUUCAAAACUCUUGGAAUUUCUUGAGUGAGAAGAGUGUCUCUUAUGCUAAUGAGGUGACUCAUGGUAGUGGGCCCCAAGUUAACUUCAGCAUGAGGGCUAAUCCCAGAAAGACCAGCCACAUAAUUAGAGGGUUGAAAAUUAGGGCCAUGCUGAACUCUGGGAAGGUGGGAGGAGGUGGUGCUGGAGAUGGAGACUAAUCAUGUGUCCAAUGAUUUAAUAAAUUAUAAAGCCCAAGUAAAAGCUCUGGACAUCAAACUCAGUGAUGUCUUCUGGUUUGUGAAUACCCUGACUCCACUUGCAGCCAGUGUCUGAGGUUGGCAUACACUAAGUCUGUGUAGUUUAUAUGUUGAACAACUUAAUGCACUGAUUCUAACCUGAGUCUUACAUCCAAAUCUUGAAUCAUUCUGGAAGUAUAAAGUCUAUGAGCUUGUGUCUCUUAUGGUGAAGCUUGACAUUUCUGUCCAUGUAGGGAGAUUCAGGAAAGGUAUGACUAAACAGUGGGAACAUUACUGUGUGGGAAAAGGCAUCAUCAUAGGAAAUGAAAUCCUCUAACACAACUAUUUUCAGUUCAAAGCAAGCCAAAACAAAUUGACUAUUCCACUUGUGACCUAGGCUGUGAGCAUUGGUCUCUCCAGUAAGAUUUGGCUUCUCCAGUAAGAUUAACAAGAGGACAGAUGACUGGAUAAAGAAGUUGUAUAUUUAUACAAUGGAAUAAUGCACAUCCAUAAAAAAAAAUAAUAAAAUGAUGCCAUUUAAAGCAACAUGAAUGGACCUGGGGAAUAUCAUUUUAAGUGAUGUCAGAAAGAGAAAGAAAAAUGCCAUAAAAUAUCACUUAUAUGUAGCAUCUAAAAAAUAGAUGAAAUUAUUAAAAAACAAAAAAGACUCACAGACAUAGAAAACAAACUUAUGGUUUCCAGAGGGAGAAGAGAGUGGGAAGGGCUAAAUUGAGAGCUUGAGAUUUGCAGAUACUAAUAUAUAUAUAAAAUAUAAACAACAAUUCCAUACUGUAUAGCACAGAGAACUAUAUUCAAUAUCUUGUAGUAACUUAUGGUGAAAAAGAAUAUAAAAAAGAAUAUAUGUAUGUUAAUGUAUGACUGAAGCAUUAUGUUGUACACCAGAUAUUGACAUAACAUUGUAAAUUGACUAUACUUCAAUAAAUAAAUAUAAAUAAAUAUAUAUAGAUAUAUUUUAAUUAUGCAUUAAAAUUCAACAGUAAACUUUUAUUCUCUAAAAGAAAGAGGGGAGUGAGUGGAGAAGCAAUUUGAAAUGUGUUUUGUAUUUCAUUAUCUCAUAAUAUAAGGAUGAUUCUAGUCUAUAAUUAAUAAAUAACUUGCAAGGCUUAAACCCAGCAGAGAAAAUACUUAAAUAUUUACUUUCGGGGAAUUAGAUUUAGACCAAGAGGAAAAAAAAUCUAAAACUGAUAUUAGACAUCCAUCAAUAAACAUUCAAAAUAAAUUCAUUGUCUUCCAGUAUUAGACUGACAUGUUCACCUUUAUUUCCUAGAAUUAUAUGAAUUGUGGGGGAGUGGAAUUAAGAUAAAACUAUGUUGGACUUUGGAUGUCUGGCUAAGACAUUUUAGUUUUAAGUUUUGUUCACAGGGGAGAGUGGAGAAGUUUUGGAAGGCAGCUAUACUCACCACUAUAUGCCUUGAAGUGGAGAAGUUUUGAUCAGUAGAGGGAAGAGAAGAAAUUAGUACCACAGAAAAAGGCAUUAUCAAGGAAGGUAGAACAAAGAUAACUGAUGUUCACUGUACAUGGCUACCAGACUUUCCAUCAGUUCAUCCUUUUAUUGAAAAUUCAUAGGAUUACACUUAUAUUUACUUCUUCCCUGCAGAAUGUGCUGUCAAUUUUUUAAAAAAUAAGAAAUGCCAUGUUAAUUUUCAGACAGGUAUACAAUAUCUGUCUCAAUAUAUCAUGGAAACAUUGAGAAUUCUGGCCAAUUAUUAGUAAUUUCAGUAUCAAAUUUAAGAAAGAGGAGUCAGGAGCAGCCAAGAUGGUGGAGUAGAAAGACAUUAGUAGCUCACCCUUUCCCACAAAUACACCGAGAGACACACCGGGACCUACCCAUUCACUCAGAACACCUACUGAACAUUAACAGAACAUCACCUUCUUCAAAAGACAGAAUUCACCACAAGUCUGGUAGGAAAAAAGUAAAAGGAAAAUAGCGUGGGGUGAAUCCCACAGUGUGGGAGUGACAAAGGAAGAUUCGCACUCUUAAACUGGGGGGAAGGGGGGACUCCAAGUCUUGUAUCUGUGCAAAGUAGCCCUUGGCCCACAAAACAAUAAGUAAAAUGAGCACUAAAUUUCCCUGUGACCUCAGCCUUAGACACAAACCAGCAGGGGGUGGGCUGGGAAUGGCUGCCAGAGCCAAGUGGUGGACUGGGGCCAACUGCACAGAGGCAAUCUCAGGGGGCUGAAGUAUGCUAUGAACUAUGUCUGGGAGGGUAUAGAGAACAGAACAGCCUGAGUUCCCCAUAAAAUUUAAAAAAAGAAAGCAAUACUGCUGGUGUGCAUUGCAGGGAGGAGCACAAUGAGGCUGGGCCAUAGCCUUUGUCUACACAGGCCUGUGGCACCAUUGCUGGUGUGUUCUUAGGAGAAGAGAGGCAGGGCUCCACCACAACAACCAUAUUCCUUAGUGUUCAGCUCCCAGGCAGAGGUGGAUUUGAAACACAAAUUCAUAUCUAGAGGCUCCACAACUUCACAGGCAGGACUGAAAUUUGUUUACAACACCAAGCAAAGGGGGCCAUUUUGCUAUGCAGGUGCCUUUGCGGACCCACUCCUCUAAGACAAUUGGGCAAGGACUAGAGUUCUGGCACAGAGUGAGGGUGAGUGCUGGUGUGGCCAUUUUCUGUGAGCCCACCUACCCUGAGUGGAUGCAGCACUGAGAGUAGUUCUGACCAAGUUGCAUGACCUGUGGGCGUCUGGGAAGAGUGAGCAGAAUUUGCAAAGUGGGGUGAUUGAAGGGGCAGCAUUUGGGACUUGGCAUGGUGCUGAUCUGGUAGCAUGAAUGUAGUCACUGAGUGCUGGAAGCCCUACUGGUGUAGGCAUCUAAGACAAGUGAGCAUAGUUUGUGUAUCAGGGAAAGUGCAGGUGCAUUGUUUGCUGCUGGGGAUGUCACUGACCUGAUAGUGCAUCACCAACCAAGUGUGUGACCCAGAAUUCAGUGGAUUUGGGGGCAGAGAACCUGGGGGACACCAGAGCAGCAGACUGACAUUCCUGUCACUAAAGCUAGGACAAGUUCAGAGUCAAGAAAAAGUACUUAAAGUGCUCCAACCCCACCUAUUAUGCACCAGAUUUCAGAACCAGGUCUGGAAGCCUCACUCCCAACAAAAAGGAAACAGACUCAGUCCCUGACAGAGAUAUGACAACCACAAAACAAAAAGGAGACCACAUUAAAAAAACAGAGAAGGCUCUGGUCACCACAACACCAGCCACAUCGCUAAUCAAAAGGGAAACAGAUAACACACACGGAAGAAAGACAUGGCUACCAUCCAUACUAAAAACAGACCUAGCGAAAAAAUUAUUAGGGGUGCGCAGUCUACACAGGAACACAUCCUCUUCAAAAAAAAAAAAAUCCCUUGAAGGCCAGAGAAGAUAACUGAUACUUCAUAAUCCAUAGUGCCAGAGAGAUAUAAGUAAAAUGAAGAAGGAGAGGAAUGAUUCUCAAUUAAAAGAACAAUAGAAAUCCCCAGAAAGUACAGUCAAUGAAAUACAUCUGAAUAGUCUACUAGAUCAUGACUUCAAAACUGGAGGGAUGAAAGCACUGAAAGAAAUAAAAGAGACUAUAAAUAGAGAGAGAGAACAUUAUGAAAAGGAAAUUGAAACUAUAAAGGGGCGAUAAUUAAAAACAUAAUACUCAAUGGCUAUGAAAAGAGCCAAGCUAUAGGCAGUCAAAAGCAGACUAGACAAUGCAGAAGAAUGAAUAAGUGACUUAGAAGACAUGAUAGGAGAAGUCACCCAAUAAGAACAGCAGAUAGAAAAGCAGGAAGAAAAAAAAAAGAACAAUGAAAGCAAUAUAAGGGAUCUUUGGGAUAAUAUAUAACAUUCCAACCUAUGCAUAAGAGUGGUCAUAGAAGGAGAAGAAAAAGCAAAAGAGAUUGAAAAGGUAUUUGAAGAAAUCAUGACUGAGAAUAUCCCAAACCUAAAGAAGCAAUCAAAUAUCUAAGUACAGGAAGCACAGAGAGUACUCAAGAAGAAGAACCCAAAUAGACUUACACCAAGACAUAUUAAAAUUAAGAUGGUGAAAGUUAAAGAUAAAGAAAUGAUACUAAAGGCUGCAAGAGAAAAAUGAAUUGUUAGUUAUAAGAAAAACCCCAUAAGGCUAUCUGUUGGUUUCCCUUCACCAACACUGCUGGCCAGAAGGGAGUGGCAAUAUAUAUUAAAAUUUCUGAAUGAGAGAAAGCUGCAACCUAGGAUAAUUUAUGCAGUAAGGCUGUACUUUAGAAUAGAAAGAGAAAGAAUUUCACAGACAAGCAUAAACUAAAAGAAUUCAGCAAUACUAAGCCUAUGCUAAAGUAAAUAAUGAUAGGUUUACUCUAAAUAGAAAAUAAGCAGAGGAAAAGGGCAAAGAUGGUGGAGUAGAAGGACACUUGUAGCUCACCAUCUCCCACAAAUACACCAAGACUGAUAUCCAUGAACCCACCCACCCAAACAGAACAAUUGCUGAACUUUGACAGAUCAUUGCCUUCUUCAAAAGACCAAAUACAUUGCCAAUCGAGUAGGAGAAAAGAAAAAAAAAAAAAAAAAGGAA